AGCCCGGGCCGGGUCCCCGCCCCUUCAGAACGCGCGGCGGCCUGACAGCGGCGGCGAUGGCGGCGGGGCUGGUGUGGCGCGGGGCGGCAGUACCGGCGGCGGCGGCGCGUCGCCGGGGCGGGCUCUGGGGGCGGCCGCGCCCGCUGCCGGCCGCGCCCCGCCGGCCCGCGGCCCAUUUCGCUUUCCAGCCGGACCCGCCGCCCAGCGCGUACGGGCAAACUCAGAAGAUGAAUCUCUUCCAGUCAAUAACGAGUGCCUUGGAUAAUGCUUUAGCCAAAGAUCCAACUGCAGUAAUAUUUGGUGAAGAUGUAGCCUUUGGUGGAGUCUUCAGGUGUACAGUUGGCUUGCGAGACAAAUAUGGUAAAGACAGGGUUUUCAACACUCCCUUGUGUGAGCAAGGAAUUGUUGGUUUUGGGAUUGGAGUUGCUGUUGCAGGUGCUACGGCCAUUGCAGAAAUUCAGUUUGCAGAUUACAUUUUUCCAGCAUUUGAUCAGAUUGUUAACGAAGCAGCAAAAUAUCGUUACCGCUCUGGAGAUUUGUUUAACUGUGGCAGCCUUACCAUCAGAGCCCCCUGGGGCUGUGUGGGCCAUGGUGCACUGUAUCACUCUCAAAGUCCAGAAGCUUUUUUUGCUCACUGUCCAGGAAUAAAGAUUGUUAUUCCAAGAAGUCCUGUUCAGGCCAAAGGAUUGCUGCUAUCAUGCAUAGAGGACAAAAAUCCAUGCAUAUUCUUUGAACCUAAAAUACUUUACCGAGCUGCAGUGGAACAAGUACCUGUGGAGCCCUACAACAUACCGCUGUCUCAAGCUGAGGUGCUGCAGACGGGCAGUGAUGUGACACUGGUUGCUUGGGGGACUCAGGUACAUGUGAUCAAAGAGGUAGCAACAAUGGCUCAAGAAAAACUUGGUGUAUCCUGUGAAGUUAUUGAUCUGAGGACCAUCUUACCCUGGGAUACAGAAACUGUUUGCAAGUCAGUGGUGAAGACUGGGCGAUUGCUGAUUAGCCAUGAGGCACCUUUGACAGGAGGAUUUGCAUCUGAAAUCAGUUCCACGGUUCAGGAGGAGUGCUUUUUGAAUUUAGAGGCUCCUAUUUCAAGAGUAUGUGGCUAUGACACUCCUUUCCCUCACAUCUUUGAGCCUUUCUACAUCCCAGACAAAUGGAAAUGCUAUGAUGCACUUCGAAAAAUGAUUAAUUACUGAGAAGUAAUACAGAGAUGAGAAGAACAACAGGGAAAUACAGAAGCCUUCUUCAAAAUUCUUGACGUUUACUCAGAGCUUUUGGUUUUGGAAUUUGUAUAGCACAGACUGUUUUCUCUGAAGUCAACUAUCCUUAAUGUUCAUCUUGGCUAUUCUUCAAAAAGUUCAAAUCCCCACUAAUUAUGAAAUCAAUGAUGGACAGGUGAUUCCUAUAAUAGUUUCAGAUGUAUUUAAAGAUAUUCUAGAGGCAGUGUGAAUGUUACACAUUUUGCAGUGCUUCACUAGGUUACAUCUCUAAAUUUCACUGUGUAAAUAUUAGAAACAGGAUUUUAUUCAAUAAAACUAAUUAUGCACA